AUGUUUGAAGGUUUAGGGAGCUCUGGAUAGCUGCAAUCACUCAUUUUGUUCAGAUUGCAUCAAAAAAUGGUCUAAUGUAUGUAACCUUUUUCAUUUUAGAUUGAAAAUACAUGUCCGCUAUGCAAAUAGAAAUUCACUUAAAUUGAAUUCAAGUGGAAGAGAGUUCAUUACAAAAGUCAUAAGAUUUCAAAGCCAAAAUGUAAACAAAACAAGAUUUACGUUAAAGAUAAAAGUUAGUCGCAAAAGGAAGAUCAAUUUAGUGUCUUACUAGAUCUUCUUAUAGAUUUCAUCCUUGCUGAUAGUAUAAAUAUAAUUAAACCAUUAGUAAAUGAUUGA